CAAACAAAAUAUGUCGCCGUUUGUUGACGUCAUACAUGCGACAGCACAUGAAAUCCUUGCUAGAUGUCAUGUGAGAAUUGUCCAUUGAUUCACGUUUAAGUCUGUUUUUGAAUUUUAUUGACGAUGCUGGUGCCGUUCAGAACAGUGUUGCUUUCUGCAAUAAGAAAACACAAUUGUCGGCUGUUUUCGCACAAUAACACCACCUCCAGUGCUAAGAAAGGUUUAGUUUUAGGCGUGUAUGAGAAAAAGUCAGACAGCGAUGGGAUACAUUUCACAGAGGCUGCGGCUGCGUUUGACAGAUCACUCGCAGGAAAGCUAUCAGAACUGCUCUCAAUAUCUGGACCUCCUCUGAAGAAAGGCAAGAGCAGGAUCUUCUAUGGUUUGCAUCAGGACUUUCCCAGUGUAGUUGUCGUGGGACUUGGUAAGAGUGAUGCAGGUGUGUGUGGGAAAGAAAACUGGGAUAGCUGCAAGGAAAACAUCCGUGCAGCUGUGUCAGUGGGCUGCAGACAGCUCCAGGAUCUGGAGGUAGUUCAUGUUGAGGUGGAUCCAUGUGGAGAUGGGCAGUCAGCAGCAGAGGGUGCCGUGCUUGGUCUUUUUGAGUACGAUGAGCUCAAAACCAAGAAGAAGAUUUGUGUCACGACUCAACCACAUGGGAGUGUGGAUUCUGCAGCAUGGCAGAAAGGUGUUCUGUAUGGGGAGGGGCAAAACCUGGCCAGGCGAUUGAUGGAAGCGCCAGCCAAUUACGUCACGCCUACAGUGUUUGCAGACACGAUAGAACAGAAGCUGUCAGGCUUUGCAGAUAGAGUGACUGUCUACAAGAGACCUCAGUCUUGGAUUGAGAGUGAGCAAAUGGGGGCUUUUCUCAGUGUGUCCAAAGGCUCAGAUGAGCCCCCAGUCUUUUUGGAGCUGAAUUACAAAGGUGCUUCAGACUCUGCACAACCUCCUCUUGUUUUGGUGGGGAAAGGAAUCACCUUCGACAGUGGUGGAAUCUCUCUGAAGCCAUCAUCAGGCAUGGAUGCCAUGAGGGCAGAUAUGGGUGGAGCCGCUACUGUGUGUUCUGCAAUCGUCACUGCAGCCGCUCUGAAACUCCCAGUCAAUAUCAUUGGUUUGGCACCGCUCUGUGAAAACAUGCCUAGUGGAAAGGCAAACAAACCGGGUGAUGUUGUACGUGCCAAAAAUGGCAAAACCAUUCAGGUUGACAACACUGAUGCGGAGGGCAGAUUGAUUCUGGCUGAUGCCUUGUGUUAUGCACAUAAUUUCAGCCCUAGAGCAAUAAUCAAUGCAGCUACACUUACAGGUGCCAUGGAUGUGGCCUUGGGCUCUGCCGCCACAGGAGUGUUCACUAAUUCUGAUUGGCUGUGGAAGCGAUUACAUAAGGCCAGUAUUGUUACGGGUGACAGGGUGUGGAGGAUGCCACUGUUUCAGCACUACACCAAACAAAUAACAGAAAGCGCAUUGGCAGAUCUGAACAACAUUGGAAAAUACAGCCGAUCAGGAGGUGCGUGUACCGCUGCAGCCUUCCUAAGAGAGUUUGUGACAGCCGAUUGUUGGGCUCAUCUUGACAUCGCUGGGGUCAUGAGCAAUAAGGAUGAAGUUCCCUACCUGCGAAAAGGAAUGUCCGGAAGACCUACACGUACUUUGGUGGAGUUUGCUGCUUCAUUGGCCUCUGAACAUUAAUGUGAACUUUUUGUUACUUUUGACCUGGAUGCAUUAGAAACGUAGUGCUAGAAUGUCAUGGAUAUCAGUGCACAGAAUGACGGUUCCGAUUAUUAUAUUAUAUUAUAAUAAUAUUAUUAUAUAUUAUAUUAUAAAGGUGAUUGUUAAUGUGUUUAGGCACAAAUACAUAUUUAAUUCACUGUCGAACCUUCUUAAUGGUUUAAUGAUGUCAUCAUUAGUGUGAAAUAAAGAGAGACGAGUUUGAAGUA